AUGACGCUCAAGACUCUUUCGGCAAAGGCUGCAGCGGCGUUGGACCGCGAGCUGAUGAGCACCGGCGCCUUCUCCAUCGACCAACUCAUGGAACUUGCCGGACUCUCAGUCUCCCAAGUCGUUCACCGGGUCCAUCCUCUCAGUAAAGGCAAGAGGAUCCUAGUUGCCGUCGGGCCUGGCAACAAUGGGGGCGACGGCUUAGUUGCUGCCCGCCAUCUCCGCCACUACGGCUACCAGCCAACGGUCUACUAUCCGAAACGGCCCAAGAAUGAUCUCUACCAGCGACUCGCCAAGCAGCUGGAAGAUCUCGAAGUCCCCUUUGUGGACGACUUUCCGACCGCGCUGCAGUCCGCCGAUCACGUCAUCGACGCCGUCUUCGGCUUCAGCUUCUCGGGCGAGGUCAGGGAACCGUUCCCAGCCGUCAUCCAGGCAAUGGCGGAGAGCAAAGUACCCGUGACGUCGGUAGACGCGCCAUCGUCUUGGGAUAUUGAGGAGGGCCCUCCCAAGUCCGGCGUCGGCAGCAACUUCCACCCUGAUGUGCUCAUUAGUCUGACCGCGCCCAAGCCCCUGGUUAAGCAUUUCAAGGGCCGCCAUUUUAUCGGAGGCCGAUUUGUCUCUCCGGCGAUCGCCAAGAAGUACGACUUCGAUGUCCCGGCAUAUGAAGGGGUCGACCAGAUUGUUGAGGUCGGCCCCGACGGGCUGAAGCUGUGA